AUGCUCGUGAAAUGCUAGCAAAACUAUAUUAAAACUAUAUUGGCCAUUAUAAGUAGAUGGAAAUUCCACACCGUCCGAUCCUUUUCGAUAAGGUCGACAACAACCUCGUCAUGGGGUUCAAGAAGUCCUCGGCGUCGGAGGAAAUCUCAGCCGUUCCAUCGUUUCGGCAGCCUAUCUGGACCGUAGAUCUACUCGUGUGUAUGCAACCUGCUCCGCCUUUAUUUCCCUCCAUCUCAGUGCAUCGAUUCAAGAAAACAAAAGCAGAGGAAGUGGCGAGAGAGAGAUGGAAGUCGCCGAGACGUCGACGGGAUCCGCUGCGGUGGGAUGCUUCUCUUUCGCGGAGCUCCGGUUGGAGGGCUCCGCUCCCUCUGCCGUCGCCUUCUCCGAGCCCUGCCCCUGCUGCGGCAACCGCAAGCGCCGCUGCCUCCAACCACCCACCCGCCCGCGCAAGAAGCUCCUUGUCUACGACCUAGCUUCCUCCCCACCUUCUCCCCCUCCCCCUGGCGCCGGCCCCCUCCUCCAACGUUCCGAUUCCGCUUCUCACCACUCAUCCCCCUCCGCCCUCGCCCUCCGGCGCUCUGGGUCAUCUUUCUCCUCCUUACAAUUCCCGGCCGCCAGCCUCUCGUUGACGCUCCCGCCUGCCGUUUUUACCCCUUUCGUCCACUCCCACUCCUUCCCCGUCUCCGCUGGACUCGCUUCCCACCUCGAGCCGACGGUUAGGAUCUCGCCGUCCUCUCCAUCGACACCGACGGGCGGCUCCUUUGUCUACCGGUCCUCGGACCCGACCACUCCCCUGUCCCCUCCACCGGAGAUGUCGAAUUCGUCCCCCUCCGCCACUUCUUCCUCGGGUCCGGAUGAGGCGGAGGGCGGGAGCGAGGAGGGGAAGCGUUCGAGGGCGAACGGAGACGACUCCCCCUGCCACGAGGAAGACGAAGUGAGGAUGCUCGUCAACUGCCGCGGCUGUGGGCUCGUUCGCGAGCUGGUACUCUCCCACGGAAAGUGAAAGAGGUAACGCGUCAUCAUUACUUCUCCUCAAGCAUUCGUAUAGGUCACGUGGUCUUUCUAUGUUUUACCCUCGCUUUCAUUUGAUUUCUUGGAGAGGAAGAUGCUUUAGAGACCUUCGUGGUUACUGGAUGUCAAGUCCACGUACGGUGGACCAGCAAGCCAUACGACUUUGUUUGGUCAAGUAGUCUCAUGUGGUGACUGAACUAGGUUUGAUGUUUUUUUAGCAAACAUGAUUUGAUGAAGCUAGAUAAGAAUUGAUUGAUCUUGACAUGUAAAUCCAAGAGCAAGAUAAUAGUGCAAGCCCCAGACAUGGAGCUUUGCAUAUUUACAUGCCAUAGCUGAAUUGAAGGAUAGAAAAAUAAGGUGUAUGUAAACUAUCUUUCCCAUAAGGUCCUCACAAGUCGGAUUGAGUUAGGCCACUUUGCUAUAUAUAUAGCACACAAGACAACUUCUUGCACAUAAGUUUUGCAAUUUGUUUGAGCUUCAUAAUGAAGCUACAGAAGCUACAACAAGCAUCCCAACAGAUAGAACUAAAAGUGAG